UUAAAUUGCACGUGCCCGCAGUACAGUACACUUCUGGUUGAAGGAGGGAGUGGAAGAAAAACUGUACUCCGUAUCGAGCAAACUACUGUACUAUAUACACAGGCGCACACACAAGUGUGAGUGAGGCGUUUUGAGAAUCGUUUCGUGAAUCCGCAAAAAUGGGAUACGUACAAGAAGCCAGAGAGAAUCACGUCAAGAAGAAGGUCGAAGAAGCUUUGCGCAGUAAAAUGAAGCAUAAGGCUUUGAAAGAAUGUGAGUACUACACGACCAGAUAUGCCGAAUGUGCUAUGGGCAGAACACUCUCUGUUGUUUGGAAAUGUCGCAAACAAGCUAAUGAACUGAAUGAGUGCCUCCAUCAAUUCACAAACGACUCGGUAUUGGAGAAGAUGAAGAAAGAAUACAUGCUUCAAGAGGAAGGAAAAGGGUCGUCUUUAAGCCUUUGAGUUCAUUCUUCGGGAUGAAUGCGUGAAGAAAAAUGUGCAAAAUAAAUGCGAGAAAAUCGGGAAUACGUCGUGUUAUUUUGUGGCGUAAAUGUUUUAGUAGAUCAAUUUUUAUUGCGAUUCGGCAUCACAAAUGUUCUUACUAGUUUUAUUAACAGCCUCAAUCUUGUGCUUAUUAUAUCUUCAAUGCCUUAUUAAGAGAAAAUGAUGGAUGUCAAUUAUUAUGGAUAUUAUAACUUUGUCUUUCCUUUCAUGGUUAUUUUACUCAAUAUUGUGCAACUUUUCAUUUUA